GAGAGAUAUCUACUAGUACUUGAAAUGGAAGCCCGAUCGGCCGGUACAGAUGUUUCCCGAAUGACUCUUUAGACAAUUAUCGUAACCCGAUCUCUCUCCACUCCACACUCCCUUAUUAUUGCUUUUAUUGAUCAAUGUAUAGCAUCUUCAGGUGUACUAGAACUCGCGCCGUCUCUUCAAUUCCUACUACAACCUACAAAUACGCCAUUCCUAGGGCAAGUAGAUCAAUUACUACUUCCUCUAAACCCGCAUCUCUUAAUUCUCGCUUCACCAACAAGAUGGCGGAUACACGACCGGUGUUCUUCUUUGAUAUUGAUAAUUGCGUAAGCUUGUAUUUAUAUUUUGGUAUGAUUUUAUGAUUGCUAACCUCCUUACAGUUAUAUUCCAAGAGUACGAAUCUUUUCCUUGCCAUUCCUACAGAUUAAUUUCUACCACAUCAACUGACUCGUCGCAUUCAGGCAAGAAUGUCCAUGACCACAUGACCGCUCUGAUCGAUGAAUAUUUCAUGAAGCAUCUAGAGCUCAGUCGAGAAGAUGCUUAUAAUCUUCAUCAAGAGUACUACAAAACCUACGGCCUCGCCAUCGAAGGUCUAGUACGUUAUCACAAGAUUGAUGCGCUGGAAUACAAUCGUCAAGUAGAUGAUGCCGUGCCAUUAGAAACCAUUCUCUCGCCGGAUCCAAAGCUACGCAAGCUUCUCGAGGACAUCGAUCGGUCCAAGGUCAAGUUAUGGCUCUUUACCAAUGCUUAUGUCACCCACGGGAAGCGUGUCGUUCGUCUACUAGGGGUAGAGGAUUUAUUUGAGGGUAUGACGUAUUGUGAUUAUGCUCAGGAGAAGAUGAUUUGCAAACCUUAUAAGGAAUCUUUCGAGAAGGCCAUGAGAGAAGCUGGAGUGAAGGAGUAUAAAGAUUGUUAUUUUGUUGGUAGGUUUUUUUCCUCGGUCCGAGUUCAUCAAUAUUACUGCUUACACAUUUAGAUGACUCGCUCAUAAACUGCGAGGCAGCUUAUAAACUUGGUUGGACAGCAGCACAUUUGGUUGAGGAAGGUGUAAAAUCACCUCCUAAGCCCGUUGCCAAUUUUCAAAUCAGCACUUUGGAAGAGUUGAGGACUGUUUACCCGCAAUUCUUCAUUACUACUUAAUGGAUAGAUGAUGUGCUCAGAAGCAUACAAUACAACCUCGCAAAAUGAUUUUCAUUAAUCGAGUGGGCGACGACAGAGAACAAAGAGUUUGUUCUUUAAUAGAAUAGACUAGGUCAAGAAUAAUAGAUAUCCAU